CUUCCUCUGUUUUUUUUUUUCCUUCUUAUGUUCUCUUUUUUUAACAAAUAUGUCAUCACAUUUUCAGUUUAAGCUUUUUAAAAAAAAAAAAUCAACUUAUAGUCAUUUUAACUCUAUAAAUCCCACCUCUGUUCUCCUGAACCUCUUCUCCUUUUCCAAAAAAUAAAAAAUAAAUAAAUAAACCUCUUGCCCUUUCCCUUCUCUUCCUCAAGACCAAGGACCCUUUCUUGAUGACCCAAUCUAAUUUUAGCCACAACCCAGAUAAAUUAGCGUAGUUUUCUGUGCUGGGUUUGUGUUGUUUAACAUCAAAUCACAGUUUUUCAUCAUCAAGUUUGUGUCUUUUUUGGAACAAAAGCUUUAUGAUGUUUGAGAUUCAUGUCUCCAAUUAUCAGUGAAAUCAUCCUUUCUGGGUGCAUGAUAAGCUCCUCAUUUAGGCGCAGGACCCGUCUUGUUCAGUCCUUCUCAGUUGUUUUCCUCUACUGGUUAUACUAUGUCUCAUAGCUUAAUUUGUGAUUGCAUGAAUUUGCCAUUUUACUUAAUCUAGCUUCAUUACAUAUACUACUAUUAUCUGCAUUUUCUUCAUCAAUUAGCGCUAAAUCUCUCUUGGGUUUUGCCUGUAAUUGGUUCAAACAAGGGUGUUAAAUUUUGGGUCUUAUCAUAAAUGGGUUCCUCUAGUGGCACAUCUUCAGGGUCAUCACUGAUGCAGAACUCAGGCUCUGAAGAGGACUUGCAGGCAAUGAUUGACCAGAGGAAGAGGAAGAGAAUGAUAUCGAACCGCGAAUCGGCUCGCCGGUCCAGGAUGAGGAAGCAGAAGCAUUUGGACGAUCUGAUGGCUCAGGUGGCUCAACUCGAGAAGGAGAACCACCAAAUCAUCACUAGCAUCAACAUCAGUACCCAACAUUACUUGAAUGUUGAGGCUGAUAACUCAAUCUUGAGAGCUCAAGUUGGUGAGCUUACCCACAGAUUGCAAUCUCUUAAUGAGAUUCUUAAUGCAAACAAUUGUGGAACUGCUUUUGGGGAUUCAACAAUUACUGUGCCUGCUGAUGAUCUAAGCUUCUUGAACCCAUUGAACUUCCCUUAUUUGAAUCAGCCAAUUAUGGCUUCCGCUGAUCACAUGUUUAACGAGUACUAUUAGCCACAGAGAGAGUGUUAAGGAUUAAGGAAUAAUUAAGGUUGUUGGGUUGCUCUAGAUUGUAAAAUUGGUGUUGAUUAGUCAUAAUAGAUGUAGUUCAUGAUCAAGAGCUGAUAAGUAUGUGUAAUAUUAGUCAGAAAUCUGCUCCUAUGUUCAAUAAAGUUGUUAGAAUUUCAGGUCUUGUGAAUCACUACUUGCUACUUUAUGAUUAGUUAUUUUCUUGUCUUAAGUGAU